GCGCCCCCUGUUGGUCGGUAGCGAACAACUGCAGCUGAGAUGAGGAGAGAGAAUCAAUGGAGACGAAACGGACAUAAAACAUAAUUUCGGAGGCACUAAACCGUCACCAGUGGAGGGUGGAGCUUCCCAGCGAUCAAGAUGGAGGACACAGAGCUGGAGCUUUACCCCGGUUCCUCUGAUCAGAACAGCCCCUCCCCCUCCCUCUCUAUCUCCUCCUCCCCCUCCCUGUCGCUCCCCUCCACCCCUUCCUCGUCCUGCGGCCCCCCCCAGGCGGUCACCCCUCCUCUGGGUGUGAUCAGUGAGGGUGUAGGGGAGCUCAGCCUGGUGAUCGACGCGGAGGUGGCUCAGCGGGCUUGUCAGGAGGUGCUGCAGAAGGUGAAGCUGCAGCAGGUGGAGGGUGAUGUCACUGACCUGCAGAACGGGGCGGGGCUGGACCCCUCCAGCCCGUCUGCUGCUCUGACCGCCGCGGUGAAACCCAUGAAGAUCCGCGAGGAGGACGACGACCCUGAGGGCCCAGCCCCCGGUUCGGUGAAGAGUGCCCGGCGGCGGCAGAGACACAAUCCUUCCAAACAGUCGUGGCUGCUCCGCCUGUUUGAAUCCAAGCUGUUCGACGUUUCCAUGGCGAUCUCCUACCUGCACAACUCGAAGGAGCCCGGUGUCCAGGCCUACAUCGGGAACCGGCUCUUCAGCUUCCCCCACGAGGAGGUGGACUUCUACCUGCCCCAGCUGCUCAACAUGUACAUCCACAUGGACGAGGAUGUGGGGGACGCCAUCAAGCCAUAUGUGGUUCACCGCUGCAGACAGAGCAUCUCCUUCAGUCUGCAGUGUGCCUGGCUGCUGGGAGCUUACUCCUCUGACAUGCACAUUUCCACCCAGCGUCACUCUCGAGGAACCAAACUCAGGAAACUCAUCCUGUCUGAUGAACUCAAACCGGCGGGGCCACGAGCCCGCAGGGACCCCCUGACUCUGACGCCUUUCUGUCCCAUAACGUCCUCCACCGCCGGCCCCGGGCCCCUGGGAGGAGACCAUGGCCUGUCGCCAUCCAAACGAACACAUCAGCGCUCCAAAUCAGACGCGACAGUCAGCAUCAGCCUGAGCAGCAACCUGAAGAGAACAGCCAGUAACCCAAAGGUGGAGAGCAGCCAGGACGAGGACAGCGGCUCCAGCUCAGACAGUAUGGAGUUUGAGACUGGUCCUCCGGUGCGUCUGGCUCCUCAGAGGGAGUUCAUCAAGUCUCUGAUGGGGAUCGGGAAGCGUUUGGCCACGCUGCCCACCAAAGAGCAGAAGACGCAGCGGCUGAUCUCGGAGCUGUCGCUGCUCAACCACAAACUGCCCGCUCGGGUUUGGCUGCCCACCGCCGCCUUCGACCACCACGUGGUCCGAGUGCCGCACACACAGGCCGUGGUGUUAAACUCCAAAGACAAGGCUCCGUACCUGAUCUACGUGGAGGUUCUGGAGUGUGAGAACUUUGAGACGUCCAGUGUUCCGAUCCGGAUACCGGAGAACCGGAUCAGGAGCACGCGUUCUGUGGAGAACCUGCCGGACUGCGGCAUGACGGCAGAACAGAGAGCCGGCAGCUUCUCCAUGGUCCCAAACUACGACAACGACGACGAGGCCUGGUCUGUGGAUGACAUAGGAGAGCUGCAGGUGGAGCUCCCAGAGGUCCACACCAACAGCUGUGAUAACAUCAGCCAGUUCUCAGUGGACAGUAUCACCAGUCUGGAGAGUAAAGAGCCUGUGUUCAUCGCUGCUGGAGACAUCAGGCGUCGUCUGUCGGAGCAGCUGGCUCAGGCCCCCACCACCUUUAAACGGGACCCUGAGGACCCGUCGGCCGUGGCCCUGAAGGAGCCCUGGGAGGAGAAGGUUCGGAGGAUCAGGGAGGGGUCGCCGUACGGUCACCUUCCUAACUGGAGGCUUCUGUCUGUUAUUGUGAAAUGUGGAGACGACCUGAGACAGGAGCUGCUCGCCUUCCAGGUGCUACAGCAGCUCAAGUCCAUCUGGGAGCAGGAGCGUGUCCCCCUCUGGAUAAAGCCCUAUAAGAUCCUGGUGUUGUCGUCGGACAGCGGGAUGAUCGAGCCCGUGGUGAACGCCGUGUCGCUCCAUCAGGUGAAGAAGCAGAGCCAGCUGUCUCUGCUCGACUACUUCCUGCAGGAUCACGGAGCGCCGACCACCGAGGCCUUCCUGUCUGCUCAGAGGAACUUCGUCCAGAGCUGCGCCGGAUACAGCUUGAUCUGUUACCUCCUGCAGGUCAAAGACAGGCACAAUGGGAACAUCCUGUUGGACGCUGAAGGUCACAUCAUCCACAUCGACUUUGGCUUCAUUCUCUCCAGUUCGCCCAAAAACCUGGGCUUUGAAACGUCGGCCUUCAAACUCACCUCAGAGUUCGUAGAUGUGAUGGGGGGUCCAGACGGAGACAUGUUCAACUACUACAAGAUGCUGAUGCUUCAGGGUCUGAUAGCAGCCAGGAAGCACAUGGACCGAGUCCUGCAGAUCGUGGAGAUCAUGCAGCAAGGGUCCCAGCUGCCCUGUUUCCAUGGCUCCAGCACCAUGCGAGGUCUGAAGGAGCGUUUCCACAUGAGUCUGACGGAGGAGCAGCUGCAGCUGCUGAUCGAUCAGCUGGUGGACGGAUCAAUGAGGUCACUCACCACCAAACUGUACGACGGCUUCCAGUACCUCACCAACGGCAUCAUGUGACCUGCAUCAUGUGACCAGCCCUGUGUGUGUGUGUGUGUGUGUGUGUGUGUGUGUGUGUGUGUGUGUGUGUGUGUGUGUGUGUGUGUGUGUGAGAGUGUGUGUGUGUCUCCGUGGACUGAUGAAGCUCCAGGUUUUAUAGCUCGACUGCAGAGACCAUGAGCCCCCUCUGUCUGUCGUCUCUCUUUUAUUCUUUUAUUUCACUUUCUUCUUCUUUCUUUUCUCGUGUUUCGUCUUUCUUUCUUUGACGUCUCUGAUCCUUCUGUUCUUCUCUUUCCAUUUGGGCCGACGUCUCUCAUUGGCUUCUGAGUCGGACUGUGAGCCAAUCAGAGAGCAGCCCAGCUUUAGAUUUAAAUGUGAACACUCAGCAGGUGGAUGAGGUGAAGCGAGCGGACUCAGUGAACUGUGUACGAACUGAGUCUGACAGGAAGCAAACCACGGACUCUUUAAAGGACCAUACCGCUGUUUUUUUUUUUCUUUUAGCCCUUUAACUGCAGACUGUGUAAACCCGCUGACUCAUUAAAACAAAGCUGUGUUUACCUGCA